GGUGGUGGUCGUCUCUCUGCUCUGCACUCUGCUGCUGCUGCUGCAGCUGCUGCUGGCUGGCUGCUUUCUCCUCACGAACGAAGCGCAGCACAGGACGCUGGUCUCUCUCUUGGUGUGGCUCGGCUGUGCUGUGCGCGAUUGCAAAUUUUCGAUUGCGGGCUCGGUAGAUUGAUUCCUCGCGCGACCGGUCGCUGCUUCCUCAGAUGAUGGAGGAUAGUGGACAGUAGUAGACGAGGACGAAGAAGAGGAAGAAGACGAAGAAGUCGAAGAUUCCCGUCAGGCUUCCUGUGUGAGCGAGUGAGUUAGAGUGUGGUUUUUCGCGUGCCCGACCCUCGGUCUAGCCCACGCUUUUUUCGCGUAGGCAUUUUUCUCCUGUCAAUUCCCGUCGAGUCGAAACUCUAGCUGGCUCAGGCUCAUUGGUCCUGGUUUGGGUUCGGGUCGGGUAGUCUUUCUCGCUCCGACCGGGAGGGAUAGUUUGUAAAUGGAACACUUCUCCUCUCUGCGCUAGCUUCGUUCUUUUGCCACCCUAGAUCUAUCUCUGCAACAGUCUCGCUGUGUCGUCGCUUCCGAACUGUGUAUUACGUAAAACUCUUGCUUAUGUUAAGCCCGUGACAAACGAUUCUGUCACCUUGGCGAUUUUGCUGCCUCUGAUUCAAGCAGCUAAUUGCUCAACCGACUUCUUCGUCCCCUGCGACCUGCAUCUUAGCUCCCCGCAGUACUCAUGUAACUCUCCACUUCAUUGAACCGGCUGUCUUUUCUUCGGAGCGGGGUGUGUUGUUUUGGGACGAAGACUUCGGUUGCCGAAGGACAGCCAUCGACGCUCUCAACGGGCACAUGAAGUUGAAGUUCCGGUGAAACUAGCUGGUUCCAGGGAAUUGCGCGGAGGAUGAGAGUUUCUCUUGGUGGCUUCGCCGGGACAUACUAGAGGGUGGACCAGGUUUGAGGAUCCACGUUUAUUCAACGACGCAGAUAGUUGGACUCAAUGGAUCAAGCCCCCAGGAGCACGUGUAAUGGAAACAAGACAGUAUGUUUCACAGGUUGGAGCUAGGCGGCGCCGGGAGUAUCUCGCAGGAUCAAGGACCAAGAUUGGGUCCCUUUAGAAGGAUAAGGAUUUCACAGGUUGGAGAACAGAGGUUAUUCGAUCUGGCGUGGGUUAGGCACCGUAUGAAGCACAGGAUUCUCAUCAGCUUUAUGAAUGAGGCUUCUCGCAGUAGUUGCUGGACACCGAUUUGACAAAUCGUCAUAGUGAGGAACAUACGAAGGAAAACGUGAAUAUCCCGCAUGCCAGACACAAGGUCAUGGGAAUGUGUCAAAGGAGGUCAACGAGAGAAUGCAACAGGGUGUUACUGUCUGGGACUUUGGUGCUGGUGUUCUUGGCGGGCGCAGUUCACCGCUGCUCUGGGCGUGUACUUUUACAAGAUGGCAACAAAAAGCCACCAGCGUCACCACCUGGUCUGGUUCCUCCACCACAUUCUGCACCAGCACCUCGUGGCAAAACCUCGAACAGUACGAAUUCCACAACUGGUCCGCCUCCACCAGCACCUGUCCUGGACGACCCGCCCUCUUCUAGUCGCGAGCCGCUGUUAUGGGUAUUCCUGAUAGGACCCGCAGCGUUUCUACUUUUCUUACUCUUACUUCUGGUAUCAGCUAUCACAUGCCUUCGCAGAAAGAGGAAAAGAGCAACAGUAAGCCCAUGGAAAGCUGGAAUGAGCGGUCACAUGAGCGGUCAGCUGCAGAAAGCUUUCGUUACAGGGGUACCAUCAAUAAGUAGAGAUGAGUUGGAGACUGCUUGUGAAGACUUCAGCAAUAUUAUCGGUUCCUCGGCAGAGAGCAUCGUCUUUAAGGGGACUCUUACAAAUGGUACCGAGGUUGCUGUCACGAGCAUUCGAAUACCUCCUACAAGCUGGACUCCCAAUACAGAGCUAUAUUUCCGUCGGAAGGUUGAAGCUCUAGCCCGAAUGAAUCAUAGAAAUCUUGUCAACCUGCUGGCAUAUUGUACAGAAGAAGAACCUUUUGAAAGAAUGUUGGUCUUCGAAUAUGCUCCGAAUGGCACUCUUUAUGAACACCUACACAAUAAGGAGUCGGAGCAUUUGGAUUGGCCCAUGCGAAUGAGAAUAGUGAUGGGGGCUGCUUACGGCUUACAGUACAUGCAUCAUGAGCUUGUGCCUCCCACCAGCCAUCUCAACUUCGAUGCCAACUCUGUUUAUCUCACUGAAGAUUACGCAGCCAAGGUCGCGGACUUCGGCAUAUCGAAGCUCUCUGUCGGGACCAACAAUCUUGGCAGGCGGAAGUCUUUCAGUAAAUUCAUAAACGCUAUCGGAUAUGAUGACUGUGAGGGCAAUGAUAGGCAUGCCCCUGACUUCGAGAGCAACAUCUUAAGUUUCGGUGUGUUUUUACUGGAGACGCUUACUGGGAGAACCCCGUAUAGUGAUACACAAGGAUCGCUUAUCGACUGGGCGAAGGAGUAUCUGAGCGACGCCAAGAUGAUGUGGUACAUGGUGGAUCCCUCGUUGAAAUCUUACAACAACGACGAACUGGUGGCCAUUUGUGAGGUCGUGCGCCUGUGCAUUCAACCAAGGGCCAGCAAACGCCCUUCGAUGAGAGAAGUAACAUGGAUGCUGUCUAAUGCUCUGCACAUGUCCCCAGAGGCAGCAUCUUCCAAAUGUUCACCUCUUCUCUGGGCUGAGUUAGAGCUCCUUUCACCUGUCGAUAAUAGCAGCGAGGAGCCUGAGGCAGCUCUGACUACCACAUGACCUCUGCGACGGAGCCUGUUCUUCAAGUUUGAAAGUAGAAUUUCUUGUUUUGACAACAUGAUGCACCGCAUGGACGGGUCCUCCAACACCCUGUGGGAAAACACCAGUUCUAUAAUUGGCUGGAGUUCAUGCUAAUUCCGAUCUCCGAGUAAGAGGACACGUGCAUGAGUGCGAGAAGACAGUAUUUCCUUAAGGACCUGGAGGGCAGCCGGGGGAUAUGUCUGGUUAUGAUAUCUUGUGUGUACACAGGGUUGGGUGGAGAAUUGGCACUGCCUCGACUCCUCGACUGCCCUAAGCAGAGAACGUGCUCAUGAUGAUAGUCAUCAAAACAGAUCAAGCCAACUCUUUUCCUUUUUUAUGAACACCUUUAUCUCCACACACGUUACUUGAGUGAAUGGUUGGUAUUUGUUUAUCUCAUCCUUUUUGUAUACUUGCACAUGAGAGCGAGCAAAUAUGCAAACUACCGUGCUGUGUGACCGUAGCCGGAUCUCUGAGAAACAGCUGUGCAUCACCCUGUCAGUGAGCCGGAGGGAGUAAACAGUUGGCUCAUAUAGAAGCUUUUUCAGAUGAGAAGUUAGGUGGUUUUUGUAACACAUGAUGAAGAAGAUGAAGAGAAAGAAGCGUGGGCGGGAGAGUGGGUCAUAGACAUCCCUGUGGUGGUUUUGUAUCUUAAUUACAGGUGGACAAUCUACAAUGUUCCAAUAUUGACAGUCUGCUAUUAAGAGGCAAUUCCCUUGCUCUCUCGAUGGACAGAAGAAUUACGGACCUUGGUAUUGAUGAGCAUACCUGUGGAUGGUUACUAGUGUUAAAUUCUUUUCUGUACUAUGUAGUUUUAGAUGUUUCCAUUUGGUGUAAUAUUUAUGUACCCAUCAAGGGUAUACCUCAUAUCAGGGUACAGGACUUGUGCCUUCUUGCAUUUGCCGGUACUACUGCCUCUACACUAGGCCCUGAAUAUCCUUCAUGUCUCCGAGGAUCAGCACAUAUCACAUGUAUGAUCGAUUUAUAUCACAAAUGGUUGAACAAUUUAUAG